CGGGCAGAGCCGGCGGGCUGGACCGCGGCCCCUCCGGUACCGGCUCCGUGCCCCGCCUGGCCCCGCCGAGCCUCCUCCUGCCCGCACCGUACACAGGGGCAGCCAUGGGCAAGCACAGCAGCAAGCUGGCCCCGGAGAUGCUGGAUGACCUGGUGAGGAGCACAGAGUUCAGCGAGCAGGAGCUCAAGCAGUGGUACAAAGGCUUCCUCAAGGACUGCCCCACCGGCAUCCUCAACCUGGAGGAGUUCCAGCAGCUCUACAUCAAGUUCUUCCCCUAUGGAGAUGCCUCCAAGUUUGCCCAGCACGCCUUCCGCACCUUCGACAAGAACGGGGACGGCACCAUCGACUUCAGGGAGUUCAUCUGCGCCCUCUCCGUCACCUCCAGGGGCACCUUCGAGCAGAAGCUCAACUGGGCCUUCGAGAUGUAUGACCUGGAUGGGGAUGGGAAGAUCACACGCCUGGAGAUGCUGGAGAUCAUUGAGGCCAUUUACAAGAUGGUGGGGACUGUGAUCAUGAUGAGGAUGAACCAGGAUGGGCUGACCCCCCAGCAGCGUGUGGACAAGAUCUUCACCAAGAUGGACAAGGACAAGGACGACCAAAUCUCCCUGGAGGAGUUCAAGGAGGCAGCAAAGAGUGACCCCUCCAUCGUCCUCCUCCUGCAGUGUGACAUGCAGAAAUAGAGCCCUGGGGGCUCACUGCUGGACUGGGUGCAGCCAACCUCUGCUCCCCGUGGUGGUUUCCAUCCCCAACUUCUGCUAAGUCUCCCUUGUGCCUGCUCCACCCUCCCUGCCGCCCCUCCGCCUCCGCUCCCAGGUGGGCAGCUCCUGGGCAGCUCCUGUGCCCUGGGUGCACACAGUCCAUGGGCUCCAGCUCUCCCUUGGUGGGUAGUGGAGCCUGCUCUGGGUAUUGCUGGCUUGAGGUUAGCCUCAAAUCAGCCCUCUCCCACCCUGGAGCUGGACUCCUUGCAGCCAGUGGUGAGCAUCCUGGUGACCCAGGGCUAACUCUUCCCACCUUCCCUGCUUUCCCUCACUGCUCUGCCUGCCUCAUUCCCUGAUCCUAACUGAAACCAAACCCAGUUCUUUCCCCUUUCUGCUGAUGCCCUCUCAAUGCUUGUGAUGCCUCCAGGGAGGCUGGGAGGUCCCAAAUCCUGGCCCUGGGCUCUUUGCUGGUAUUUCCCUGCAAGGCUGCCAGAGGGCUGGCUCCAGGGUGCUGGGGAGCUGGAGCAGUGUGCUGCACCCUCCCUGAGGGCUCACUGCUUUGGCUCCCUCUGCCCAGCUUUAGCUUUUCCACCCCUGCUUUUGUUGCUGGAAACAUCCAGGAUUGGUCAGGGGAGAGCAGAAGUGUCCAAAGUGUGGUCAGUGACUGAUCUCAGAAGCCACCUUCCACCCCACCAGCUGUGAGAGCUGGCAGAGCAAGUGGGUGACCUCCACAACUGCCCUGGCAGCCUCUUGGAUGCUCUGUGGAAUUUCUGGCCCUUCCUGGAUACUGAGGUGAUGCUUGGAGCCCCAGGUUGAAAGCAGAGGAUGUGUGACUGUGUGGGCUGCCCUGGGACAAGGUUGGUGGUGUGGGUGUUGAAGGCAGGCCCUGCUGCUGCUCCUGGUGUGUGGCACUGCUGAGGGGACCGGUGGGUCCUGGACUGAGGCUGUGGAGAGGUGGUCUUGGAUUCUGUACCUGCUGAGCCUCCUGGCAAGGCUUUUGAGGCCACAAGAAACAUGUCUGGCUCCUUCCUCCCCCCCAUCCCAGCCUGCUGCCUCCAUCCCUCCUGCCCCAGGCCAGGAAUAUUGUCACAGAUGAGUAUUUGUGCUGCACAGUGGUGGUGUUGAUGCCUGUAGUGUCUGUCAGGAGGUGGUGAAGUUGGUAUCUAUUUUUUUAAUGGAGAAAAUAAAACUGUGCCCCAUGU